AUGUCGGCCGCCGCUUUGGAGGAAAUUGGAGUGACCACUCCUGUCCCUGAGAAUCCAUCGACUCGUCCACCACCUCUUCCAUCCACUUUGGUCGAUGUCUCUUCUGAUGAUUACAUCAAAUUGACUACAUUGGAGACUCAAUUGGCACAUCUUCAAGUAAUGGAAGAUUAUAUCAAAUUGGAGACAAGAAAUCUAGAAAAGGAGUUGCUCCAUGCUCAAGAAGAAGUGAAAAGAAUUCAGUCGGUUCCUCUGGUUAUCGGGCAAUUCUUGGAGGCAGUUGACCAGAAUCAUGCUAUUGUUGGAAGCACAACUGGAUCGAAUUAUUAUGUUCGAGUCCUCUCAAUCUUGGAUCGAGAACUUCUGAAACCUGGAUGCUCUGUUGCUCUUCACAAAUACUCGAAUGCUCUCGUAGACGUGCUUCCACCAGAGGCUGAUAGCUCAAUCCAAAUGCUUCGUCCAGAUGAGAAACCAGAUGUUUCAUAUGGAGAUAUUGGAGGUCUGGAUAUGCAGAAACAAGAGGUUCGUGAGGCUGUUGAACUUCCACUCACUCACGGAGAACUCUAUCAACAAAUUGGAAUUGAUCCCCCAAGAGGAGUUCUCAUGUAUGGACCACCAGGAUGUGGAAAGACAAUGUUGGCGAAGGCGGUUGCUGCAAAUACUGCUGCUUCGUUCAUUCGUGUCGUUGGAUCUGAAUUCGUUCAGAAGUAUCUUGGAGAAGGUCCCCGUAUGGUUCGUGAUGUGUUCCGUCUGGCCAAGGAGAACAGUCCAUCCAUCAUCUUUAUUGACGAAAUCGAUGCGAUCGCCACAAAACGUUUCGAUGCUCAAACUGGAGCUGAUCGGGAGGUCCAACGUAUCCUCCUCGAAUUGCUCAAUCAAAUGGAUGGUUUCGAUCAAAGUACAAAUGUGAAAGUGAUCAUGGCAACCAAUCGUCAAGACACUCUUGAUCCCGCCCUUCUCCGUCCAGGACGCCUUGAUCGUAAAAUCGAAUUCCCUCUGCCAGAUCGUCGUCAAAAACGUCUCGUCUUCACGACAGUUUGCUCUCGAAUGAACCUCUCUGAUGACGUGGAUUUGGAAGAUUGGGUUGCUCGACCAGACAAAAUAUCCGGUGCUGACAUCAAUUCGAUCUGUCAAGAAGCCGGUAUGCAAGCUGUUCGUGAGAAUCGUUAUGUUGUUCUGACGAAAGAUUUGGAGAAGGCGUACAAGAAUGUCGUCAAGAAGGAUACUAACGACUUUGAAUUCUAUAAAUAA